AUUUUAUUAUUAUGAAAAUUGAAUGUUUUCGUUGUUAAGUUUUCUAACGUGAUUGUUUUUAAAUAGACAGUCUGAAAAAAAAACAAAAAGAGAAAAAAAAAUGUCUAUAAAACACGUCGUUGUAGGUGGAGGUACUGGAUUUAUAGGGAAACGUUUAAUAGAAUUAUUAUGUCAACAAGGUAUAACUUGUACAAUUGUUUCACGUAAAUCAGGUCCUAAUAGAAUAACUUGGACAGAUGUAAAGGAAAAUGGUCUUCCAAAAUAUACAUCUGCUGUAAUCAAUAUUGCUGGUCAGAAUGUACUCGAUCCAACGAAACGUUGGACGUCAGAAUUUAAAGAAAUUGUUAGAGAUAGUCGUGUGAAAACUACAGAAAUAUUAGCAAGAGCCGUGGAAUGUACAGAUGCAAAAGCAUUCGUUAGUAUUUCUGGUGUUGCGUGUUAUAAACCCAACGAUACGGCAUAUACGGAAGAAAGUGAAUGUAUACCUUAUGAUUUUUUAUCAGAACUUUGUCGGGAUUGGGAAGCUGCAGCAGAACUUUCACAAGAGAGUAAAAUUAGACAGAUCAUUAUUAGAUCUGGAGUAGUAUUAGGUAAAGAUGGUGGAAUGAUAAAACAAAUUUAUUUACCUUUUUUACUUGGACUUGGUGGACCUAUUGGUACUGGAAAUCAAUAUAUGCCAUGGAUACAUAUUACCGAUCUCGUUAACAUAUUUUUAUUUGCUAUUAAAAAUGAUAAUGUUUGUGGUAUUUUAAAUGGUGUAUCACCUAAGCCUGUAACUAAUAAGGAAUUUACAAAAGCAUUUGCUAAUGCAUUAAAACGACCUGCCAUAAUACCACUUCCAAGUAUUAUUUUAAAUCUAAUUUUUAGCGAAGAACGUGCAAAAAUGAUGUUGGAGGGACAAAAGGUAUUUCCUAAAAGAACCGAGGAAUUAGGAUUUCAAUAUCAAUUUUGUGAUAUAAAUAGUGCCUGCAAAGAGAUCGUUAAAUAAAUUAUUAUCAUUUUAUUCUUUAUACAAUAAAAUUUGUAUAACUAUAAAA